UGAAUGUGUAAAAUUACUUUUAUUGUAUUUGAAAAAUACUAGUAAUAAAAUUUUCGCACACUCUUUUGACAUUGUAACACAAAUCCCUUCAUUCAUCUAUUGCACUGAAAACUGCAAUUUUACCGCAAUCUCCCCCAAAUAAACAAAGUUUCCCUCUUUCGCCUUCUAAUCCCCAGCCACCGUCGCCGCCGCCGUCGACACCCACGCCCUCACUGCCCCUCCUCGCUGUUCGCAGCUGUAGCUGAUUCUCAUGGGUGAGCAGACCCACACCCAAAUCGAAGCCCUACAUAAACCAGAAUCACAAAUCGAAACCACCAAUUCGCAACAAGAUUCUAAGUCCCAACCAUCACCCUUCAAAUCGUCGCCGAAUUCCGACCCCAAUCUCCAAAUCUCUCAUCCCCAGCCCGCCACCUCCGCAGCUGAGGCAUCACCCGCCAUCCCCACCGAGAUCUCCCACAAUAAUCCCCACAAUCCUUCCAAAAUUCCAAUUCGACCUCAAAAAAUCCGUAAGCUAUCGGCUCAGACCACCGGCGUUGAGAAGCUAGCGACCGAUGAUGCGUCUGCCUCCGCUUCGUCUUCUUCAGCUAUCAGUCCAGCCUCCACUGCCGCUACAUCCGUCGCCAUUACUUCCGCUACGCCGGCUUCCGCGAAGAACCGGCGGCGUAGCGCCUCCCAUGCUUCUAGAGUUCUUCCCCAAGUUAUCAAACCGUUGUCGGCCGAUGGAGAAAUUGAAUUAGCCAUCCGAUACAUACGUGCGGCUGAUCCUUUACUGGGCCCACUGAUUGAUACCCACCCGCCGCCGCAGUUUGAGAUCCACCACCCCCCAUUCCUCGCUCUCACCAAGAGCAUUCUUUAUCAGCAGCUAGCCUACAAAGCUGGAACUUCUAUCUACACACGUUUCGUCUCGCUCUGCGGUGGAGAGGAAGCCAUUUGCCCUGAUUCUGUCCUUGCUCUCUCUUCCCAACAGCUUAAGCAGAUUGGGGUUUCUGGCCGCAAAGCUAGCUAUUUGUACGACCUGGCAAAUAAAUAUAAAUCAGGGAUUCUAUCGGAUGAUACAGUGGUGAAAAUGGACGAUCGGUCAUUGUUCACGAUGCUUUCUAUGGUGAAGGGGAUAGGAUCAUGGUCUGUCCAUAUGUUUAUGAUAUUCUCACUGCACAGACCAGAUGUUUUGCCAGUGAGUGAUUUAGGGGUUAGGAAAGGGGUGCAGUACUUGUAUGGCUUGGAGGAGUUGCCUCGGCCUUCCCAGAUGGAGCAGUUGUGUGAGAAGUGGAAGCCUUAUAGAUCAGUUGGGGCGUGGUACAUGUGGCGGUUCAUUGAAGUGAAAGGACCCCCAGCUGGCGGUUCUAUGGUGUCUCUUAAUGGUGGUGUUGCCCAGCCUCUGCAGCAGAUAGAGCCACAUCAGGAUGGGCACCAGCAUCAGCAUCAGCUGCAGUUUGUGGAACCAGUUAAUGGCAUUGGCAAUAUCGGGGCAUGUAUCUGGAACCAAUGACUACGAAGUGCCAGUCUGCUGCUGAUAUAAUGAUUGAGAAAUUUCUUUGCUUCCUCUUAACGGGAUCAGAUACUCGAUAAAUUCCAGCUUGAAUUGAGAAGAAGUUUUCAAGAAUCUUGGCACAGAGUUUCAAUGCUACUUAUGUAAGCAAUAUCCUGCUAUUUUAGCUUUAACAACUCGACUGUAUAAACUUUUUCUAGAGUUGAUGGAAGCUAGGAUUUCUGGAGGAUUUGAAUUGGUAUCAAUCUGGAACGUCGCUUAUUGAAAUCCCAGAAUUGAUUUAGUGUUUAGUUGUUUACUGGUUAUGAUCAGUUCGUGAGUCUUUAUAUAAGCUGUAUCGAGACAUACUGCUGGUGGUUGGACAGGAAAAUUUUUAAUUCUUUGAUAUCAUUUUCUGUA